GUAAAAUUUAUUUCCAGCUCCUGGAUGUUAAGGAGGGAAAGCACAGAAUUCUACCCGUCUUACUUCUGUUCUCAUGUUGCAUUUUAGUCUUUGCUUUUUUUUUUUUUUUUUUUUUUUUUGUGUGUGUGUGUGUGUUCUCAUUUGAUAUUUCUACUGCAUUUCUCAUUGUUUCAUUAUUUGAAAUCCAAGACCAUAUGUUAAAGUUUUGUAUGAGACAUUAUCCUCCCCUAAAUGGGUGAGGAGCUGAGGAGAGAUGGGUGGGAUUUGGGCCUUACAAUUGGAGAGAGACUAAUACUUCAUGUACAGUUUAUAUGGGGCAAAAAUCAUCCCUUUUAGAUACCACUUUUAGAAUCACUUUUAGAAAAGAUUCUAAUAUUUUAAGCAAAUUCUCAGUCUGUCCAGCCAGUUUACAGCACUAUUUUAUAAAUCACUCAUUAGCAUUGCUGAAUUUUACUUUAAAAAUGUGUAUCAGGUCCUGGUGAGUUUUUUAUAAAAGUAGAAGAGCUCUCUUUAAUUUCUGCUGCUAACUAUGGUACAGAGACUCACACUUCUCUGUAGGGCUUAUUUUUUGGCAACGCCUAGAAAACCAAGUUGAGGUUGAAGUCUAAUUUUUCUUAAAAAUGUGUAAAGUGAGAGAUGGCUCCUGCCCUGAAUUGGUUGCAGUCUAAAAAAGAGAAAUCUUAGAUGCCCGUGUUUGGUCCCACGACAGUGUUUGUGAUCUGUUAAGUGCAUGGACAUCUUGGAUAUGGAGCAGUGGUAUGUUUGUAUUUAUGCAGGGUGACAGGGUUAGGAUUUUGUACCUUGUUACAGUUCUGCAUUCCAACGGGAGCAUGCAUUCCUAUACAACAGCUGCAAAAGCACCCCCUCCCCUUGGUAAAUUUUUGUCCUGGAAGACCCUUUUGGCUCUGAGUAAUGACUUUGUGUUCCUCAGUUACUUUUUAGUAGCAGUGAGGAGUUGCUAACACACUGCCACUAUUUAUUUUGUACACAGCGCUCCCGAGUUGGUUACUUUAUGUUCGGAGCUCCCUAGGGAGGCAGGGGUGCCUCUUGCUGUUACAAAAUUGCUCCCUUAUGUGAGGGCUGCGUGGUGCCCUCUGCGCUCCGGGGCCGCAGCUGUCGGGGUUUGUGAUCGCUGCCGUGUGGGGAUGGUGGCAAUGUGUGACACAGGCUUCGGAUCACGCCUGUGCCUGCGGCUGUCAUGGGGACAAGCCACCGGUGAGAUAAGGACUCCGCUGCUGGAGCACAGUCUUUGGAAAGCUGUGAGAGAUUCAGAGUUUGUGGCAUAGUAUGGAUUUGACAUCAUCACAACAUGGUCAUCUACAAAAUCAAGGGGUCAGAGAAUUCAAAAGACAAGAGGGGGAAAAAGAAGAUGAACAGAUAGUUGCAGAAAUCAUGGAGAGGCGUUUCUUUCCUGACCAUAUAGCUUAUAAGACCUGGGAAGGCUUUCACUUUGCUGGCCAUGAGAUAAGAAUUACAGAAGCCACUGAUUGCUACGGGGCAGUCGUCUGGCCAUCGGCUCUUGUUCUGUGUUAUUUUUUGGAAACUCAUUCUAAACAAUGCAAUUUGGUUGACAAAAAUGUGAUUGAAAUUGGAGCUGGAACUGGCUUGGUCUCCAUAGUAGCCAGUUUGCUGGGUGCCUUUGUGACUGCCACAGAUUUGCCAGAACUACUGGGAAACCUUGAGUACAACAUUCUCCAAAAUACAAAGCAGAAAUGCAAACACCAGCCUUGUGUCAAGGAGUUGUCCUGGGGAAUUGAUCUGGAAAAGAACUUUCCUAGGUCUUCCUGUCACUUUGACUACAUUAUGGCUGCUGAUGUAGUUUACUACCAUCCAUUCCUGGAUGAACUCCUCCUAACUUUUGAUCACUUGUGUAAGAAUGAUACUGUUAUUCUGUGGGCCAUGAAGUUUAGGCUGGAGAAUGAGAACCGAUUUGUGGACAGAUUUCAGACACUGUUUGACUUAGAGAUGAUUUCUAAUUUUCCCAGUUUGAACAUAGCCUUAUAUAAAGCAAUGAGGAAAGACAGGAUGAAAGCCAGACCUUCCAAACUGAAGGUCUGAAAGAGAGAUAUAGGGAGGUGACUGUUGCAGCUGUUCUCUCUUUAAUAAUUUCCAUUUUAGUAGCUGCUGACACUUACAUGAAUGACAUUUCUAGAGAUAGGUAAAACAAAUCAUCAAAUUCCUAGUGCAUUCCUAUAAAUUCCUAAAUUAAAUUUGCCAAUAGUGAUAUACACAGAAGAGAUAUAUCUGUGACAUUGGCUUGACUUUUAUGUGCUGAACUGACAACUCUAAUAACUUUUACAAGUCUUACCAUGAUUGUUAUGGGUCAUAUAAUGAAUAUUUCCAGAAGUUUUCAAUUACAGCUUUGAACAGCCUCUUAUAAAUUUGAACAAUUAUUUAAAACUUUAGACUAUAAAUCUUUGUAUUCAAAAGUUUUGGUGUUACAUCUGAUAUUUCCCCAUUUUCACUAUCAUUUUAAUCCUUCCUUUAAAUGCUCUUAAUAGGACAUUAAAUUAGCUGAAAAAACCUCACCACCUGGAAAGCACACUUUUGUGAUAAAGGGAUGGAAUACAUUAAUUACUCUUAAUGUAAUGAUUAUGCUUUCAUUUUUAAAUUUAAAUUUAGGGAUUCUUCAACACACAGGACACAUGAGGCAAGAGGGAUUUAAAUGUUUUGUUGCUUGAACAAAGGUCUUGUAUUAGAAGCGUACAAUCAACAGCUGACCUUUACUAAGACUUUUAGUUCUUGGCCUGGAGCUUUGCUUCUCCAAAAAUAGACAGUUAUCUGAACCUGAGGGAGCAGCAAUGGAAAAAGGACAAUGGCCAUCAGGAAAGAGCUUUGCAGUGCUGGCUGCUGGUGGCUGGAGGCAGAAAACUCAACCAGCCUGUCAUGGUGUGGCUGAGCCAUGGAUAGACUUGGAGAUUUAUUUGUAUUUUAGUGGGCAGACGAAAUACUUUCCUUCUAGCCACUCAGUACUGCAUGGUCCUGUUUUCAGCGGCCUAUCCAAGACUUCUCUUUUGGGUAGAUUAAUAAAGUUUUUCUUUCCACAUGCCAUAUUUUUCUGAUUCUGUUUGUAGUUGAUUUUGAGGCCUUCAAGUCUCUUUCAGCUUUAUCACCUCUACUGUAGCAGGCAACUGCCCUAGUAAUGUGGAGGCUCUGGGACUGACAGGAUUUAUCUUUUAACUCCUAUUUGUAUUCUCUCAAGGAGUUUUGUUUGUUUGUUUGUUUGGUUGGUUUUUUUUUUGGUUGACUUCCUGAACAUACUAUUGUUUUUACCUUUGAUUAUGGCAGAUGCAUGUUACUUAUUUACUCUGGCAAAAGUCCAGGGUAGAACUAUGGUAAAUGUGAUGUGGAAUGUACAUUUUGUCCCAGCUGAACAUUGGUGCCUGGUGCUAGAGGUGAAGCAUUGCAGACAGGAGAGGCUGAUCUGCCAAACUUUUCCAGGGGGAUCUGGAUAUCCUAGGGCAUCCUUGGUGAAACACAAAGAAUGAUUCUAGGAAAAAAUUAAAGCAAUGAGUAGCAUGUCUUAGCCCAGAAGCAAAAUGAAAAGAAAGGAAGUUAAGUCUACUUCUUUACCUCUCCUGCUGAGAAAUCACAAGCGAGAUUUUGGCAUGGAGGUUAUUAGAAAAAAAUCUAAUCAUUAAAUAUCAUCAGUAAAUUUCCUGUGACAAAGUUUGUAGAGGUAGAAUCCUUUACUGGAUCAAUCAGUUUAGCUAGAAAAUUAGACUCUCUACCAGCUGACAGGGAAUAUUGCCCCUCCUUACAGAAGUUACUGUGCCUAUGUCCUUAGGUAAUUACAGCUGUAGAAAAACAGACUGCAGAAUGGAAAUAUUUGCAAAUAAUUUUCUUUCUACAUUGUGUAAUAGAAAUAGUUUAGUGUAAGCAAAUAAAGAAACAAACAGGGAUCUCUGCUUGAUUUCCUCUUCCUUCUUCCUUCCUCUUAACUUGCUUGCAAUCAUUGAAUCUUCUGCAAUUGUAACCAUAAUCCUUGUAUCCAAAAGGGCAUCUCAGUCUACAAAUGUUUCAUGGAUAAAUGGAUUGACACUAUAAUUAGUGAAAUGACCUUGUGAACUCCAAAAUGAUGAAGGCGAAAGAGGAAGACUGCAGCAAAGCCGCUGAGUGUGAUCACUUUUAAAUAGCUGUCCUGCUGACCAGCCCUCCUGUUUGCGCCACAGACUGACCCUGCUGAGCUCCUGCUGGAUUCUGCAGGAGAUGUGUUUGUCAAAUGGAGUCAGGACUCAGCACUUCAGGCCCAGCAGCUUGUUAAUAUGUACUGGAAUGUAACAUCAGCUCUCUUUCUCACAGAUCUGCCUAGCACUGCUGUGUGAAGCUUCCUGGGAAAUCUCUGGUGCCUGGCUGCUCUAUUGUGCAGCACCUUUUGUCCUCUGGUGUGACGGGCAGGUUAUUAGCCAUGACCAGUGGAGGGUGAGCUUGUACUUGGCAUUUGCCUAUGGAGUUUAUUUCUGCUCUCUGAGAAUAAGUCUCACAUAAAUGUCAAGUAUUGCUGACCCCUAAAGUCAGUCAUAAUUUUAAUAACCACUUAUUCUUUGUUCUAAUAGCUCAGAUAAAGGAUCAAACUGUCAUUCAGUGCAUUAUAUUGCUAAUACAGAUGGCAUUUGUAGCUGCAGUUUCUGAAAGGCAGAGGGCAAGAAGGUCAGUUAAAUUUGUGG